AUGAGUCAAGACAGCGAAAGGGCAGCGCAUUACUAUGGUACUCCUACUGCUAGGCAGAAUCUGCGUAUUGCUCUGAAUCUGAAACAGGUUAUCGAUAGGGCGAUUAUCAUUCCUGCUGAGAUCCACGAGAUAACGCGUCCUGACAGUACUUUGCUAAACGCUAAUGUUGUUGAAGCUGUUUACAAUGCAGCUGGUGGAGUGGGCAAGGGCAAAGAGGGAACUUCUUCUAGAAAAUAUAGAAGUGCUUUGCCUUUUUGUCUUCUCAAAGUCAGUGAAUGGUAUAUGCAGUUGGCUGAUAUGGAGCUGUCUGCUGCUCAACUACAUGAGUCACGAAGUGUUGCUGCUCAGCAGUUGUCAAAAAUAAUCAUUGAACAGCAACAGGAUGAACGAUAUUUGUUCAUUGCUAUGUUGACUCGUCGGUUUACAAUUAAUCUCAACACCGAAGACAGCUAUCCCCAGAAUGUUUUGGAGCUGAGUGUAGACAUGCAUUCUACUAUGAUAAUCAGUUCGUCUGGUUACCAACGAUGUGUCACCUGGAUUUGGAGAGGUUGGAUAAUACAAUCUAGAGAAAACCCACUAUCAUACGUCUUAUACGAUGGAGUCAACGAUACUCGUUUCCUAUCUCACUUCAACCCCGACAGGAUUAGGACACCUCAAUACCAGAACAUUCUGGAGAUUUUGUUUUCAAUUGUUUACUUGAUCUUGUACACCUUUAUAGUGAACACAGAAGCAAGCGCCUCCAUUGAUUUUUUUGAGCUGUGUUUUUACAUCUUCACUCUUGGUUAUGUUGUGGAUGAAAUCGUGAAAGUGUACCAUAUUGGAUCCAAUUACAUUCAGUUUUGGAAUGCAUUCAAUGACACGAUGUACGCCUUGCUCUCGGUUUCUAUAAUGUUCCGUAUCAUGGCAGUACGUGCUGGUUCUCCAGUUAACAUGAAUAAGUUUGAUACAAUUUCCUACCGAUUGCUAUCGUGCGCAGCCCCGUUCAUGUGGACUAGAUUAUUGUUGUUCUUGGACGUGAACAAGUUUGUCGGAACAAUGAUUGUGGUUAUUAAGGUUAUGAUGAAGGAGUCUGCAAUCUUUUUUUUCCUACUGACUGUGAUUUUAGUUGGUUUUCUGCAAGGUUUCCUUGGUCUAGACCAAGCAGACGGUCGUAGAGAUGCCACUACCAAGAUAUUGUCUGUAUUAGUUCAUACCGUCAUUGGUGGACCAGAUUUCCAGAGCUUUAACAAAUUUGCUCCUCCCUAUGCGCAAAUUUUGUAUUACGUCUUUACAUUUUUCAUCACAGUAAUCUUGCUGAACAUCCUGAUUGCACUUUACAGCACUGCCUACAGCGAGAUUGUGGACAACUCUACCAACGAAUAUCUGGCACUUGUUGCUCAGAAGACUUUGCGAUAUGUGAGAGCUCCUGACGAGAAUGUAUACGUUGCACCAUACAACUUAGUUGAGUUUUUCAUUUUACCUCUUCAGUGGCUUGUUCAACCUUCAACUUAUCACUCUAUCAAUAAGGCGGUUAUGACCAUUAUCUAUUUGCCGUUGAUAUUGUAUGUUGCCUCUGAAGAGGUCAAGAUUGCCAAGCGUGUGAAUUACAAUAGGGGACGAAACUUGCCUGAUGAUGCCAACGAACAUGAUACAGAGUGGAGUUUGACAGAUGGUUUUGACGACGACACAGACGCAGAAGAAGCUGAACAACAAAUUAACGAAAAUCUCUCUGUACAGCUUCAAGCGGAACUGGAGGAUCCGGAAUUUCAAGCUGGCCGCAAAGAAUGGCUGCGAUCAGUGCAACGUCUGGUCCCACCAAUCCACGAAAGCUCAAAGAUGGGAGUUUCUUUAGAGACCUAUGAUGUUAUGAAAAAACUAGAAACGCUAACAGCACUGGUGGGACAAUUAGUUGAAGAUAACAAAGAGCUACGGCAGCAAUUGUUAGAAAAGAAAUAA